GCUUUUAGAAGAUGGUUGUGUGGUUACAUUUUAUUUUCUCUAGUUUUUUGUCAUCUGUUGUACCAGCAGCAAACCUUUGCUUUUCUUGAAUUCAGUUUUUUUAUCAGCAAGAAUGGCAGAAAAAGGAUUUGAUGUUCAAGGAUGGGCGGCCAGAGAUCAAUCUGGCGUUCUUUCGCCUUUUAAUUUUACUCGCAGGAAGACAGGACCCAACGACGUAACAUUCAAAGUUGCUUUCUGUGGGAUCUGUCAUUCAGAUUUGCACCAGCUCCGCAACGAAUGGCAUAACACCCUAUACCCAAUUGUCCCAGGGCAUGAAAUCGUUGGGACUGUAGCUGAAGUGGGGACAGAAGUAAAGAAAUUUGCGGUAGGGGACCGUGUUGGAGUGGGAUGUCUGGUGCGCAGCUGCCAUAGCUGUGACAGCUGUGAAAAAGGGUUAGAGCAAUACUGUGACAAAGUUGUCUUCACCUACAACGCUAUGGAUGUAGACGGCUCUGUCACCUAUGGAGGCUACUCAUCUUUAAUGGUCUGUGACCAGAAGUUUAUAAUUAAGGUGCCGGAAAGCCUGCCAUUUGAUGCGGCUGCCCCAUUGUUAUGCGCUGGGAUAACUGUUUACAGCCCCAUGAAGUACUUUGGAAUGACAGAGAAGGGAAGUCGUUUGGGCGUAGUGGGUCUUGGCGGUCUGGGUCACAUGGCGGUUAAACUUGGCAAAGCCUUUGGCCUUCAUGUGACCGUUAUCAGUACAUCCCCAAACAAAGAAAAAGAAGCCAAAGAGGUUUUGGGGGCUGAUGAUUUCCUUAUCAGCAAAGAUGCAAACCAGAUGAGGGACGCAGCUAAAUCGCUGGAUUAUAUAAUUGAUACUGUAUCUGCUGAUCAUCCCCUGCCGCCAUUGCUCAAUUUGCUCAAAGUCAAUGGAAAGCUUGUUGUUGUUGGCAUUCCUAAUAAACCUCUACAAAUGCCUGCGUUUAGUGUUAUAUUUGGGCGGAGAUUAGUUGCAGGAAGUUGUAUUGGUGGAAUUGAGGAAACGCAGGAGAUGAUGGAUUUCUGUGCAGAGCACAACAUUUCAUGCAGCAUAGAAAAGAUAUCUAUUGAUUAUGUCAACACAGCAAUGGAAAGGCUGGAGAAGGGAGAUGUUAAAUAUCGAUUUGUUAUUGACAAUACUGAGAGUUUUAAGGUUUAAACCAUAAGAAGAUACUUUUUGGUAUAUACAACUAUGGAGUUUAAAGCUCGAAUUUGCUAGGACAGAUUUUGGAGUUGAUAUUAGUUUUGUGUUAGGCAUAUGGCAUUGAACUGUCCUUUUUGUUUAGGCAUAAUUUUCUACCUAAAUAUCUGGGUGUUUUCAUCUGGGCAAUGAAUUGUUCUUUCGUUUGACAGGAUUUUAUACCCAGAGAUCUAGUUGAUAUUGAGCAGGUGUUGGUCAUUUGACAAUAAACUACUCUGUUUUGGCACGAUAUUCAGAAAAAACAAUUGUUUAUGAUACGGCUUAAAAUAUGUAAAGAUGGAAGUGUAUGUUUUUUAUCAGUAAAUUGUCUUUAUUUUUCAGUUGAAAAAUUUGUUUGAACA